UGACGAAAUUUAAGGAAGCCCUUCAGAGAAAAGCCGAUAGAUUGACCGGUGUUCAGAUCGGAAAACGGGAUAGACGGUUCGGUUGUUCGAGUUGGAUUAGCAAUCAUGUCUGAUGAAGUUGCAAAAGCCCAAGCGGCUGAUGCGACCGUAGAGGAUACCAUCUUUGGGAAAAUCAUUCGCAAGGAGAUCCCCUGCAACUUCAUCCACGAGGAUGAUCGGUGUGUCGCAUUCCAUGAUAUCAGCGCUCAAGCUCCGGUGCACUUUCUGGUGAUUCCGAAGAAACCGAUACCACAGCUGUCGAAGGCCACCGAGAAAGAUGAAGCUCUGCUGGGGCAUUUGAUGUUGGUGGCCAAGAAGGUUGCGGCCGAACAAGGCCUAGGCGAAGGCUUCCGUAUCGUCAUCAACGACGGGAAGAAUGGUGCCCAGUCCGUUUACCAUUUGCAUUUGCAUGUCCUCGGAGGACGGCAGAUGAAGUGGCCUCCUGGUUAACUGUAUAAAUUUCAAUUGAAUAUUUCCAAAUAAAAGCAAAACGAUUGUAA